GAGAGAGAGAGGGAGGGGGUUGGUCCGACAGAGAGCAUGGCAGCGGGAGCCACAGCGCUGCUGACUUGCUUCUCCUUCAGUUAGACCCCCGAAAACAACCGAGUCCUGUGCGCUCCUGGCGCAGAUCCGCAGCGGAGACACUGUGCGUCAUUUUUCUGCUUCGCUUCACUCAGCUUGUCAAACAGGACAGGAGCGGCUCUGAGUUCAGCUCAGAGCCCGUAGAAAGCUGAUCCUCCGCUGCUUUCCUCUGUCUGAAGCCUCCCUGCACGGAGCGACGGGGAAGAAGCGCCGCUCCAUGUGCGCCGCGUCGGUCGGACAACUGAUCGCGGAGUUAAACCGAGAGGAGCUGAUCUAAGAUCUGCCGCUUUAACAGAGCAUUUGCAGAAUCACACAGAAGAAGACUGCUUCAGAGCUCCGCGCCAGACCCAGAACCAGAACCAGAACCGGACCUCAGCUCUGCGCAGACAUGCCGCAGGUGGAAAUGAUCCUGUUCCUCAUCCUCAUUAUUGGGAUGUGCGUGUUCGGCCAGGACCCGGCGUCCAAGGUGGUGUCCGACCGCUACGCCGUCUUCUGGAACCGGACCAACCCCCGAUUUUACCGGGGUGAUUACCACAUCGACGUCUGCAUCAACGACUACCUUGACGUGUACUGUCCGCACUACGUCAGCCCGGUGUCCGACGAACGGGCCGAGCGCUACGUCCUCUACAUGGUGAACUAUGAUGGCUACAGCUCCUGCGACCACACUGCCAAGGGCUUCAAGCGCUGGGAGUGCAACAGGCCUCUGUCACCUAAUGGGCCGCUCAAGUUCUCCGAGAAGUUCCAGCUCUUCACUCCGUUCUCCUUAGGCUUCGAGUUCCGCCCCGGCAGAGAGUAUUAUUAUAUCUCCUCCAUCACCGACGUCAGAGGGAGGAGGAGCUGCCUUCGGCUCAAGGUCUUCGUCAGGCCCCAAAACAAUUGUGUGAAAAUCUCCGGGAGCUCGCAGGAAGGCGUCGAGUUUGACGAAAACAGUCACAACUCUCUCGAGCCCAGAGAUGGAAUCAGUCACGAGUCACCGGAACCAGCCAGAAGAGACGUGAACUCUGCUGGUCGGCACCAGUUUUCCAUCCUGCUGCUCAGCUCCGCCCUCAUGCUUCUGGCUGCCAUUGUGUCGUUAUAGCGGCCAAUCCCAAGGGAAGACACUUCAACCCGGGGAAUGGACCGUUGUGAUUGGACCACAGGCCGCUCUACGCUGCAACACCUCCCUCUUAAAGGAGCACUUUUUAAAAGAAAAAAAAAUAAAUCCCCCAAAACACUGACAAGAUUCUCUCUGUUUGAAAGGAGAGGGAAAGAGACUUCGGCAUCGAAGCCUUUUGGUCGUUUGUCGAGUUCAUAAAAGCUCCGACUCGUCUGGGCGCUGAUGGUCGGGGUGGAAGAGCCUCGCUGUGAUUCACAGUAUGCAGAUACUUCACCAUUUCCCUGUGUUGACAAGACAAGCACACGGACGUUAUUUUUAAGAUAUAUCCCCCCCCUCUACACACACACAGGACACGAUCUACACAAUCGGAACACUUAAUUAGCUCGAAUAGCAAAGAAGCACAGCAGGAUCCUGAAAAAGUUUACAGACUUUUCUUUUGGUUUGGGAAUGCCACCACGUCGAACACGACUAAGUCUCAGCUCGGUGCGGGAGGAACGGCGGGGGAGACUGCUGAUGAGAGCCUGGCGCUGUGAUGACUUAACCUUCCUCUCAGGUUAGAAAGGAUGCAUCGUCGCAGACUGUGGAGCUGAUAAAAGAAAUAAAUAUUAAGGAAGCACUCAUCUCUUAGUGUUUGGACAGCAUCAAUUUAAUGAUCAAUUAAUGCAUUUCUUUAUUGUUUUUUUUAAUAUACCAUGUAACUGUAGCAGCAAACACGGGUGUACAGUAAAAUAUUUGAACGGAGAACAGAGGUGGACAAGGAAUUUUGCCAGGCAAAAUGUUAUUUUCCUAUUUAUUGUGAAGUCCUUGUGCUUUUUUUUUUUUCUGUUCUGGUUUAGUCUGUAAGUGCAGUUAGAACGGCAAUAAAAACAAAUACCCAUCACAUGAUGCUAGGUCGUACUACACCUUUGUUUGAUAAAAAAGAGAAAAGAGUUUGUGUCUGUUUUUGGAAUGAUCACAUGUGAUGGAUUUAGUUGUUUUAAACGAGGUGCAGGAAAAGAAAAAGAGACUGGUGUGCAUCAGGGUGUAGAAGUCGAGUAUUUGUGUUAUGCCACUGACGAAUGUCACAAAUGUAGUUUUGCUGUUACACUAUUGUUUUUGUGGAUCACUAUUUACACUGCUAUUGUAAAUAUAGGCAAAUUUUCAAAUUCAGGGAUGUAUCCAUGCCGAAGAUGAGAUCAAUAAAAACAACUUUUUAUGGCAA